AUGAAUAAACCACAUUCCUCCAAACAACUCUCACACUCAAACUCAAAUAUCACCAGUGAUCCAUUGGAUAUAUGGAGUUCAAUCUUGAAUCAAAAGAACAAAGAUGAAGCUUCACAACUCAAAACUACUCCUUAUAUUCACCCACUUGUCAAAAAAUCAAAAAGUUAUUUAAACGAAAAGAGUCUUGAAAUGUGCACUGAGUGUCUUGGAUCUGAAACUGGUUCAGAUUGGUUCUCUUCUUCUUACACAUCAUCAUCCGAGGAUACUAAUUCAGAAGAUGAUGGAAAAAUGAAAACAUGUUAUAGUGAUGAUAAUCCAAAACUCAUCAACAAUCAUUCUUUGAAGAAUAAGAAAAAGGCUUCGUGUAUUCCCCCUCCACUCCCUUCACUGAGUAGUCAAAGUCAACAACUUCAAAUGAGGUCGCACCGUGAGAAUGGAAGAUUGUUUUUGUUCCUACAAGUUGUCGUGUCAGUUCCUUCACACAACAACUUCAUUGCUACGCGACAAAAUGGUCGCCUUAUCCUCACCUUUGCUAAUCAUGUUAAAGAAGGAAUUGUUGAAGAAGAUGAGUGUGUGAUAGAACAGCCAAGUGCUCGGAGAGAAUUAGUGGUGAACAAGAAAAUGAAGAGUCCAAAAUGGUCGGAAAAGUUGAACAUAGUGACAAAUUUUAAGGAUGUUAAACUUGUACAACAUGGUUCGUUGCCACGGUCAUUGCCUUUGAUCAAUGCUUAUCAAUACUACUGGCGAACCAAGGCUAUACGGGAAAUGUUGAUGAAGAAAAUAGUAAUAGCAACAAGGUUGUUGUCUCUUGGGACAUGA